AUGGGUGCGCAAAAAUCAAAAGAAAAUGUUACGACAACAUCAAAAACAACAGCAUCAUCAAAUAUUCGGCAAUCACGACAACGCAUGGCACAAAACUACCUUCUCAUCUGGGUAGAUGCCAGCAUCGAUGAAGGAAAAACAGAUUGCCAAGACACACUCACUCAAUUGAAAAAUGUGAUCAAUGAUGUCAAUUUAUGCACGGAAUCGGAACAAUGCAUCCAAGCACUCAAUAAAGUUGACAAGGAGCAAGUCUUUGUUAUAACAUCUGGCUUAUUAGGUCAACAUCUGGUUCCUCAAAUUCAUGGUAUGUCACAGCUAGAUGCCAUUUACAUCUUUUGUAGCAACAAAUCCAGACAUGAGACAUGGACUCAAAACUGGAAAAAAAUUAAAGGUGUCCAUACAAACAUCAAAGAAAUUUGUCAAGCAUUACAAUUGGCGGUUAAACAAUGUGACCAAGAUUCAAUUGCCGUAAGUUUUCUGACGAUAAAUGAAAUGGCGUCAACUGAUAAUUUAAAUCAGUUGGAGCCAACUUUUAUGUGCACACAGCUAUUCAAGGAGAUUCUCCUUGAUGUUGAAUAUGAUCACAAGGCAAUCCAGGAUUUAGCAGUUUGUUGCCGUGAAGUUUUUACUGACAAUCCAAGUGAAUUACACCUGAUUAAUGAAUUCGAACGCGACUAUCGUCCACAACAAGCAAUAUGGUGGUAUACACGUGAGUGUUUUACCUACAAAAUGCUCAAUCAAGCACUUCGAAUGUUGGAUGCCGAUGUAAUCAUUAAUAUGGGCUUCUUCUUACGUGAUGUACAUCAACAAAUUCAACAACUGUAUAAACAACAGGUCAGUAGUUAUCGAAGAAAAUCUUUUCUAGUUUAUCAAGGACAAGGUCUUAUGCAAUCAGAUUUUGAGAAACUUCAGAAAGCAGAAGGUGGUCUUAUGUCAUUUAACAAUUUCUUGUCUACCAGCAAAGACAAGAAAAUAUCUCUCGAAUUUGCUGAAGAUGCUUCCAAAAAACCGAAUAUGGUUGGCAUUCUUUUUAUGAUGUCCAUUGAUCCUUGUAUUAAAUCAACACCAUUUGCCUUCGUCAAAGAGGUGAGUGCUAUUAAGAGAGAAGAAGAAAUUCUCUUCUCAAUGCAUACUGUGUUUCGAGUGAAUGUAAUUAAACAAAUAGACAGUAACAAUCAACUUUAUCAAGUUGAAUUACAAUUAACAUCGGAUGAUGAUCAGCAAUUACGAUUGCUUACUGAUCGAAUACGAGAAGAAGCUGGUGGUAGUACUGGAUGGGAAAGAUUGGGUGACCUAUUGCUUACAAUUGGUCAAUUUAAUAAAGCUGAAGAACUUUACAAUGUAUUAGUCGAACAGACAUCUGAUGAGAGUGAAAAAGGGCUUUAUUAUCAUCAGCUGGGAUGUGUCAAAGAUGGUCAGGGUGAUUAUGAAAAGGCUAUUUGGUAUUACGAAAAAGCACUUGAAAUUGAACAAAAAACUCUUCCUUCAAAUCAUCCUGAUUUGGCUAUUUCAUACAACAACAUCGGUUCGGUGUAUGACAAAAUGGGAGAGUACUCGAAAGCACUUUCAUAUCACGAAAAAGCACUUAAAAUUCGAAAAAAAACUCUUCCUACAAAUCAUCCUUCAUUGGCUGCUCCAUACAACAACAUCGGUUUGAUGGGAGAGUACUCGAAAGCACUUUCAUCUCACGAAAAAGCACUUGAAAUUUGGCAAAAAACUCUUCCUUCAAAUCAUCUUAAUUUGGCUACAUCAUACAACAACAUCGGUUCGGUGUAUGACAGCAUGGGAGAGUACUCGAAAGCACUUUCAUUUUACGAAAAAGCACUUGAAAUCUUUCAAAAAACUCUUCCUUAUAAUCAUCCUUCAUUGGCUGCUCCAUACAACAACAUCGGUAUGGUGUAUUACAAUAUGAACGACUAUUCGAAAGCACUGUCAUGUUUUGAACGGGCUCUGGAUAUAUGGCAACGUGCAUUGCCUGAAACUCAUCCUAAUAUAAAAACUGUGAAAAACAGUAUUGAAGUUGUAAAAGAAGAAAUUCUAAAGAGUAGUUGA